AUGACCAAAUACGAUCCCACCUUCACCGACCGCGUCAUCCAGGCCAUGGGCCCCAAGACCUCCCCCCGCAUGCGCCAGCUCAUGGCCAGCCUGAUCCGGCACAUCCACGACUUUGCGCGCGAGAACGAGCUCACCGUCGACGAGUGGAUGGCGGGCGUGCAGAUGAUCAACUGGGCGGGCAAGAUGAGCGACGAGAAGCGGAAUGAAGGCCAGCUGCUGUGCGAUGUGAUUGGGUUGGAGUCCCUCGUCGACGAAAUCACCUACAAAGUCGUCUCCGAAUCUGACGCCCCUACCGCAACCGCCAUCCUGGGCCCGUUCUUCCGCGCCGACACGCCCUUCCGCAACAACGGCGACAGCAUCGUGACGGGCGUCGACGACGGCGAGAUGGUCUUCAUGCACGGCCGCGUGCUGGAUUUCAAGACCAAGAAGCCCGUCCCCGGCGCCGUCGUCGAGGUGUGGCAGGCCUCGACCAACGGACUGUACGAGCAGCAGGACCCCAACCAGGUCGAGCACAACCUGCGGGGGAAAUUCAGAACGGAUGACGAGGGCAGAUAUUAUUUCUACUGUCUGCGGCCGACGCCGUAUCCGGUUCCUAAUGAUGGCCCUGCAGGCAAACUCCUCGAACUGAUGGACCGACACCCCUACCGUCCAGCGCACAUCCACCUGCUGGUCACACACGACGCCUACAAGCCCCUCACGACGCAGAUCUUCGACCGCCAGGACCCGUACCUCACCAACGACUCGGUGUUUGCCGUCAAGGACUCGCUGAUCGUCGACUUUGUGCCCCGCAAGGACGAUCCGCAGGCUGGGUUGGAGCUCAACUAUGAUGUGAAGCUGGUGCCUGCUGAGGGGAAGGUUAAUGGGGAGCUUAAAUGA